UAUUGUUAGCUUGUUAGCUAGCAGACGAACUGGUGAAUGGAGAUAUGACAGAGUAAUAACGUCUUAUUACAUGUGCACGAUUAAGUUAUUACAAACGUACAGUGAUGGAGGACGGAAACAGGACUGAUGCUGCUUCCACAUCCAAGAGCCACGCAGGCUCACUCCACCUGCAGACUCCCAAAAAUGAGGAUGCCUAUGAAAUUUCCAUCCCCUAUGAAGAGAGCAACUUUGAGCAGCAGGGAUUUUUCAAUCAGAGUGAUCCGAAUUUUGAAGAGUCGCCCCCGCCUGCUGGCUCGACUCAUGUAAACAACUCAUACAUGGUGAUCACGAACCUGCGAACCCAGCUACAGAUCUCUCUGGAGAAAAACUCUUGGCUGCAGAAAAGAAUUGAGGACUUGGAAGAGGAGAGGGACUUCCUCCGUUGCCAGCUGGACCGGUUCAUCUUUUCCACAAAGAGCCAGGGACAGGAGCAGAGUCAGAGCCAGUACAGUAACGGUUAUGAAUCGAGACGAUUCAACUGGAGGGUAAGAAGAGAGGAAGAUCGUCCCGUUGAGCAACAGAAGUCAGAGUCUCAGCAUUUCCCCUCACGUCAGUUCAUCCAACGAAGACCUGGUCCUCCAACAAUGGUGCCUUCCAAAAACCAUGUCUCCAAUCCACUAACGAAUCAGCUUGCCUCUAUAAAUGCUUUGUUCAACUCUACACAAUCCCAGACCCUGUUGCAAGGCCAUAGCCAUAGCACUCCCAAUACCACAGCCAGCGGCAGCAGUGGCAACGGCAAUAGUGCUACACGGUCAUCCAUGAAUGAAAUGAGUGGGCAUAGCAACAUAGGUCCAGGUUCACUUUCACUCUUGGGAGAAUCUGAUGAAUACUUGGAACAGGACGGCUACCUCGAGGAAGAGGAAAUGAUAACAGGGGAAGAUUUACUGCAAGAUACCAUUCACAGCAACAGACAUCAAUUGAAGAGAAGGCGGGUCUUCCGAGCCCCUAGAGAGCGGCAAAGAGUGAAAGAUGCUGCUGGAGUGCUGUUCCGCUACAAGAAGAUCCUGCUUACAUACCAACGUCUGAAAAAUAUGUCAAAAGCCUUCCAAAUCCACGGUGUGGACCGCAACACGGUGGCUUCCACCACACCCAUUGCUGAGCUGCUACUAGUUGCCCCAGAGAAAGUAGCAGAGGUGGGCGAGUUUGACCCAUCCAAGGAGAAGCUGCUGGACUAUGCCCGGCGCUGCUACGCUGCCCUGGAUGAGGAGACACUUAGCCGGGUGCAGGCCCUGAAGAAGAAUAACCUGCUCCUGCCCAUAUCCUACAGGUUUAGACACUGAGGAGAAUGGGAUUUGUUGGUGGUUAAGUUCGGAGAGAAGAGGCAGUUUGUUUCUGAUGCAGCAGGCCAGCUCGCCCUUCGAGCACAGAGAUGUCCAGAUGUCCAGAGGCAUUAGGAGUUAUUUUGCUAUCUCUGCGUCCUGGAUAUGGCCACAAGAACUAUGGCUGAGAUCCUUCGCUUUUCAAACAAAUAAACAUUUCACUUUUAUUAUCAAUAUGAUGCUCACCAUCGUUCCAGUUAUAUUGAGGAAAUGGGAGUGCCUGCUGCAUUCAGAAAGAGAACAAACGUGGUUCUCGAUGUCUGAUUCAGAAUGUGUCUUUACUAUUGAAAUUGCUUUUCUUCAGUACUUAAAUGAGUGUAAACCAACUUAGCUCAUUCAUUUUCUUUCCUGAACAUCUGGACCAGCUUGUGGCUCGUAGUUCAGGAAUUGAUUAUCUAUCCUUUUAGUUCCUGACAAUAUAAACUAUAAGCAUAGCAAUUUUUUGAGCUUUCACUCACAAUGUCCGUGUGUUAAAAUGAUGCUGCACUCCAUAUGUUUUGUAGAAUUAUACUGUACUUUUAAGGGAUUAUCAUCAUUUCCUUUUGUUUAUAUUGCUAUAUAUUCUUGUAUUAUUUUUGACGUUGUCAUUAUAUCCUCAACCAUUUUCACUUGCCUUAAUCACAUUUUUGGGAUUUCCUUGCGCUAGACAUGGAACAUUUUUGGGCUACUUCCACUACCUAAAUUAGAAUCUUGAAGUCGUAUUCAGUCUCUUUUGCUUUGUUCAGCUUUAAAGGAGAAGAGAAAGACACAGAUGCGACAGAUCACUGUUUUUUAGUUAAAAAUCAAAGACAAACACAAAUAUGUUUGUGAUAUUGUAUGUGUUUGACUCAUUGUAAUAAUAACUGUUGGUCCUGGGCUCGGUUUGAACACUGCUGCAUUACUCUGAUGUUCCAUUAAGGGUUGCACCAACCCUUUUUUAAAUUGUCUGUACUAAAAUACAGUAAGUGUCUUCUAAUGCUUCUGGUAUUUAGACUCUUGCUGUAAUGCUUUUGUGACAAAAAAAUACCUUUUGGAAGACGGUGCAGAGCUUUUACUUAACUAGCUAUUUGUCACUUUGUGUAACUUCUGGUUCUGUGAGAAAAACUUGAAUCAUUAAUCACAAACAAUUUUACAAUCUGAGUCAAAGAAUCAGCAAAAGCAUCUAACUUACCAAUACUCCACGACAAACUCAUGUGAAAAGAGCUCCUUAAUGGUCUGUAGUUUGUAGAGGUUUUGUCAAAAUUCAUAAUUUUCAAAGCGGCAGACAUGUUGAUUAUAUUGUACAAUAAUGCGUGGUGUUUGAAUCGGUGCAGUGAAAUUAUGAUAUCUCUUAUAUUAAAACAGAUUAGGUAACAGUGGAAUUCAGUUACUCUUGGCUUAAAUAGUCCUUUUUUAAGUAAACAGUUAUGACAGUUAUGCCAUUUUCCCUAUUUGAUUGUUUGUAUGGCUAAAACGCAAGCAGUGCAACUUCUAAGCAGACUUUGCAGAAUCAUACCAGGGUACAGUGUUUUCAAAAAAUAAUGAUCUAUUUGUCAUAUUUGUCUGUAUAUUUAUGUAUGUUGACUGAAAUGUGUAUCUCACUGAAACAAGGCCUAUCCUUCACCAAAUGUAUAAGUAACACACAAAUGUCAUUAAGGCAUUUGAUUCCUUCCAAAAAUGUAGAUUUAUUAAUCUGUAAAAUCCAACAUUACCCCUCACUCUCCUUUAACCUCUGGCAUAUUUCACAUAUAAUCCCACGCAUCACAUAUACAUAAAAUGAUGUGCAAAAAUGGAUUUUAUUCAUUUUUCAAGCAUCAAAAACUGGGCAACUAUAUUAUGCAGUAAAUGGUCUUUCACCUAAAAGGAAAUGUUUCCUUUGAGCACUUUGUUUGUUAACUCUAGUUUACUUUAUUAAACCUCAGGGGAAAAUAC